AAUAUCGGAGUGCUGAAGAAAGCGACAAAGAACUUCUCUGAGAAAAUUGGGGAAGGCGGGUUUAGUUCUGUUUACAAAGGAGUACUGCCAGACUCAACUCCUAUAGCAGUGAAGAAACUUUUGAACCAAAACCAUAGUAACAAACAGUACGUUGCUGAAGUUAGAACUAUCGGAACAAUACAGCAGUGCAAUGUGGUUCGGCUGCGCGGCUUUUGUGCAGAACAGUCAAAAAGGUUCCUAGUAUAUGGGUACCUUGCGAAUGGUUCGCUCGCAGCUCAUUUGUUUCAGAAAGGUUCCAACACCUCGAUUGGAAAACCAGAUACUUACAGCAUUGCCAUUGGGAUUGCUGAAGGAUUGGAGUACCUCCAUGAGAGGUGUCAAGAUUGCAUUAUACACUGCGACAUCAAGCCAGAGAAUAUACUGUUGGACGCAGAACUCGCACCACAGAUUGUUGAUUUCGGCCUUGCAAAACUCCUAGGAUGGGAUGUCAGCCGUGUAUUUACCACCAUGAUGGGAACCAGAGGGUACCUCCCACCAGAAUGGAUUUCAGGGGAGCCAUCACGUCAAAAGUCGACGUUUUCAGCUGUGGAAAGCUUCUCUUUGAGAUCAUAUCGGGAAAGAGAAAUAUUGAGGAGCUGAAUAGCAAUAUGCGCAAUUAUCUACCACUUCAGGUAGCUAAUCCAAUCGCCAAAGGAGGAGAAGUCUUGCCACUCGUGGACUGCAGAUUGAAUGGACUCGUGGCGAUGGAAGAAGUGUGCAGAGCAUGCAAAGUCGCUUGCUGAUGCAUUCAAGACAGCGAGCGAGAAAGACCAACUAUGUCUCAGGUAGUUCAGAUUUUGGAGGGGAUUAUGGUCGUAGAAAAGCCACCAAUCCCUAGAAUUUUCUUGCAAAUUGUAGGAAGCUAUGAGAGUGAUGCAUAAAACAAAGCACUAUGUCCUUUCUUUGAUAAUUUGUGGGCACGAUGUAGCCCUAAUUCAUCA